UCGCCCGAUCAUUGAGAUCUAUGGUCGCCUUGUGGCUAGGGUAUGUAGCUUAAGGCUUACUUUGACAACUGAUUACGAUUUAGUCCUCAUUAACACCGUUUCUAUCUCUCAACCGUAGAGUAGAGACACCUCUCUGCUCAAUCUCUCUGGAGCUAUGUCAGACAAAGAUGUUCUCCUGUCCAUGGGGUUCGAUACCGCUCGAGUUGAAUGGGCAUUGAAAGCCACAGGAGGUCGUGGACUUCAGCCAGCCAUGGACUUCAUCCUCGAGAACGAGGGCAAGCCGGUACCCGAUCUCUCUGCGGUCUCAUCUUCCCGUCAAGCCACGCCAUCAGGUGGAGGCGGAGAUGCAGUGGACGAAGAUGAGGAUGAUGCGGAGGCGUUGCGGGCUGUGUAUGGGACCGGCGCUGCAGGACAGGCUGCUGCUGCCGCUGACGUGGAGGCUAAGAGUAUUAAGUGCUCAGAAUGUGGCAAGAUCUUUAGAAACACUGCUCUUGCCAAUUAUCACGCAGAGAAGAGUGGUCACGAUCAGUUCGAAGAAUCAACUGAAGAAGUCAAGCCUUUGACUGAAGAAGAAAAGAAGCAAAGGCUUGCCGAUUUGAAAGAGAGAAUGGCGGCUAAACGAGCCGCGAAGGCCAAGGUUGAGGCGAAGGAGCAACAGGCUAAUGAGGCCAUUAGAAGGAGGGCGGGAAGGGAUCUAAAUGUGUUGCGGGAAGAGCUCCAGGCGAAGGAAGUUCUGAAGGAAGCUGAGGCGAAGCGCAAAGAGAAGCUUGAUGAUGCCAAGGCACGUGCAGCCAUCAAGGCUCAAAUCGAAGCCGACAAGAAAGCUCGCGCAGAGAAAGCUGCUCGAGAGAAGGCCCUUCGUGAAGGCAGAACUUACCCAGAAGCCGCUGCCCCAGUCGCUCCAGCUCCAGCUGCUUCGGCGCCAACAGGCACGGCGGGCAAAGACUACCCCCAGACACGAUUGCAGAUCCGUCUUGCAAGUGGUGGUCAACCGUAUACUACCACGCUCUCAAGUGAUGCCACUCUGCGAGAGGUGGCAGAAUACCUUGCCGGUCAGACGCUGUCAGUAGAUGUGGAAACAGUCACGUUCGCCCAACAUUUCCCAAGGCAAGGAAAACGUUCUCGCAGUCAGACUUCGAGCGAUCGUUGAGAGAUCUUGGUUUGACGCCUUCUGCGGUACUCAUUGCUUCAUGAAAUGACUAUUUCCUGCGGCCGCUGCACGACUUCCUAAAGAUCGAGGAAGGUUCCCUUUGAAGUUGUAUUUGUAUGAAUACAUUUGUACCGAUUGCAAUCUUGAACACGCAUUACUGCCGUAGUUGGUCUAAGGAUAGGUAUAAUUAAGACGUCGUGGAAAAGGUGCGGGAAAAUCCUCCUGUUAGGUUCAAACAUCUGGCCGCCCUGAUGUGGUAUAAUUAGGAGCGGUGCGUAUCGAAGUGUCUUCGACAACACGUUGGAAUACCAUGUCGGUGUAGACGGAUCCAGUAGUCGGUCCCGAAGUACUAUUGGCUUGCCUACGAAUGUUCAAUUGCAGAUGAGAACCCUAAAAAUACAUUAAAUCAUGCACAAUAGU